CUCAAUCCCGCUGCUCUGUAAAUCCAACCUGGACUCUCCUCCUCGGGCGGCUGGCUUUGACAUUGCAGGUCCUAACAUAUCCACCUGCGGCAGGAGCUCAUUCAUCGCUCUCCAGCAGCGGAUACUUCAGCAAAGGACUGGUCUCCCUCCGAUUCUUUAAAAGGAGACACUUUGCCUCUGCAGAGCAACUGGACUGCACCUGCUUCAGCUAGGAAAACACAGAAGCCAAGGCCACAGGGAAGGUACAUUUCCUCUCAUCAACCUUCGUAUCAGCAUCAUAUUACCUUUAUUCCAGGGCAGGGAGAUAAAUGAGGGUGGGGGUGGGGAGGGGAGAGAAGAAGGAGGGAACGGAAACCCCUCUUUCUCAAGCAGGGUGGGUUUCCAUUAAGGAGCAUGCAGAAGAAACUGGGAGACAUUUUACUGCAUAGCUACCAGCUUGCGAGGUAUAAGCCAGCCAAAGGUUUCCAGCGGGCAGAUUAAGGGAAUGGAGUGUGUUUCUGUGAAUGUGAAUGGAUAUGCCAGCAAUGUUGCUGGCCUUCUUUCAAGAGACGUCAUUUUUUAAUUAGAUUUGGGACUCACUUUUAUUGUGGGGGGCAGGGAGGCAGUGUCAGAAAUAAAUCUUUUUGCAGAUCCAUAUCCAGCGGUGCCCACUAUGAAUCGCAAACAUCCGCUGAAACACUCCCCCAAGUUAACCAGGGAUGGGGGUGGGUGGGUGAGUGUUCCCAGUUUUUGACAAAUCUGAACAUCUCUGUCAGAUUUAUGUCCCCCCAAACUGAAAAAUCCCGGCCUGCUUCACAUGUUUCUAUCCCACCUCCCCUCUCCCUCCCCCCCCCAAAAGGUUUUGCCCUUAAAAGAUUGUGGAGUCUCAGCGAACUGUCAACUUGCCAUGAUUUCUUUUCUUAGCUAAGGCAGAAGAAUUAAGGCAUCACCACCAAUCCUACAUUGUAUUUCAGUAAACACUGGCUGUUUGCAUGGAUGUAAAACAAGGAGUAACUCAGGUUAAACACGGAAGAGCAGUCGGUGUCUUAACAGUGAAAACGACACAGCCCAGUAACAACUUUGUGCAUAUCUGAAUCAAACUGAUCUGAUAGUUUUUUGCUCUUCCUAGGGAGGGUUCCCUGCGAACUGUAGUUCUGGGACAGGGGGUGGGACGGCUAGGGAACUCUGCCUGUCAUUGCAGCGGACUACCAUUCCCAUAAUCCUUUGAGGGAAGCCAUGACAGUUAACACUGUUAUAAAACUAUUAUGGUUUGUUGUUGUGCAGAGAGGCCCUUGGAGAGUAGCCAUGUAUUGUGGGGAGGACGUUUCGUAGGCAUGAGCCGGCUUCCCCCAUCCCAUGCACAAUGGGAAUGGAAACAAGACCUAAUUUGAGCCAGGGCUGAACCUGGAAGAAGCGAAGAAGCUUCUGUGCAGACUGCCUCUCCCUCGCCUGCACAUCUGGAAGGCCCUGCACAUCUGGAAGGAAUUAAGAGGAUGGGCUCAUGACGCUAGUUGAGGAGUGGAACUGAGAAAGCCAAAGGCAGGUGAAAGCAGAGGCAGGUGAAGCCACACACGACAGGGCACAUUAACCAGGGGUCAGCAAACUUUUUCAAGGGCCGGUCCACUGUCCUUCAGACCUUGGUGGGGGGCCGGACUAUGGGGGGGGGGGGAAAUGAACGAAUUCCUAUGCCCCACAAAUAACCCAGAGAUGCAUUUUAAAUAAAAGCACACAUUCUACUCAUAUAAAAACACACUGAUUCCCAGACCAUCCGUGGGCUGGAUUUAGAAGGCGAUUGGGCCAGAUCUGGCCCCCGGGCCUUAGGUUGCCUACCCAUGACAUUAACCAAGCGUAGAAGCAGGCAGAAUGUGGCACAGCCAUGACGCGCGCCAAAUGCCAGAACAUCAAAUAUAUUGAUGGUUUGACACCCAGCCAAAAAACAGCAAAACAAUGUACUUUUAAUGGCAAAGGCUACCUGGUACCUGUGACAAACAUAAUCAGAACCGAGAACUGAAUUAGAAAAACACUACAAAGAAAAAACACUUGACAAUUUCGUCUGAGGCACCUUGCACGCACAAAUCCCAACUUCCUUCUCCAAACUCUUUGAAUGCAUUAAAAACAAACAAAAAUGGAGACGUGCAGGUUCAAAAAUUCUUUGCACAACUAAUUUUUUUGUUUAUCACACAGUAGACACAAGUUGGGGAACUGCAACCUUCCACACCUGCUUUCUGAGUGCUCAAAACAGUGGGACACACCUGGUUUUCUGCAUGCCUGCCUGCCCGCCGACAUGUCAACUAUCAGUCCUGAAUAGUGAGUAUCUCGUGACUAAGGGAGAAGCCUUGUUGGUAAGAGGCUGUCUUCACAGCGAACAAGGAAGGUGGUGCCGGGUGAAAGGGCAUUCUGAAAUCAUUCCAAAUUGAGCACUGGGUUUUGGAUGCUCACCCAGGGAGGGAACGAAACCACCAAUCAGAGGCAUCACAGACGCUGUGGAUUAAUUACUUUUUAUUCAUAAUUAAAGCUUGCCCCUCUUCUCUUAAGAAGAAGGGGGGGGGAACCAUGUAUGUGGCUCCCUUCAACCCAAACCAAUUUACAGUUGCUCACCAAAACGCCUUUCUCUUUUCUACCUUGUCAACAGUGACUACUUGUUUAAGCUGCUACUGAUUGGCGAUUCUGGAGUUGGGAAGUCAUGCCUUCUGCUCCGUUUUGCGGUAAGGCUCUUUGGAAGGGGUGUUCCGGCACCUUGGCUAGCUUUUGCUGAAGUCUCAGAAUUAUUAUUAUUAUUAUUAUUAUUAUUAUUAUUAUUACCCCGCCCUCCCCGCCCAAAAUCAGGCUCAGAGCAGCUAACAUCAAAUGCAUAACACAUUAACAUAAAAUAAUAAUAAUUAUUAUUUUAUAAAACGGAAAAGGCAAGCAGGACUCUCAGCUACAUUUUCAACGUCAGGUCUUGCCCCAAUAUAUAAAGAAGAAGAUGCCUCCAAGCACACGCAAAGCAUCUUAGAAAUAAAGCUCCUAUAUUUGGCCAGUCAGACUAUUGGGUCCUGUACUGUCUACUCGGGGCCUCAGCCAAGGGUCUUUCCUAUCACUUGCUCCCAGGUGAUAGGCCUUACUCUAGCCCGAGUCCAGCGCCCAACCAUCAGACGUCCACCUGGUCAAUGCAAACCACAGAAGUCACAAGCUGUGCCAUAGAACAAACUUACAAACAGUUCCAGACCCAGGGAAAGGGUCACAAAAAUGAAACACCAAGCUAAUUUUGAUGGGGGGUGGGGGGAAUCUGCAACCCAGGCUGCCACCUGUUCUUCAACAGUGUGCUUGGCUUAACAGAGAUAGGCUCCAGGUGAGCCUUUUCUAAGGGUGCUAUCCCCACGUCAGAAAAAGGUUUCCUGGGUCACUUCCAGAAAGAAGCCUUAUACUGUGUUCACAGGUCAUAAAGAUCUCGUUUUUCCUUAUACAUUAGCUCCCAUGCACCCCUAUUUUAGAUAGCCAGUGCUAUUUUUGUCCACAUUAGUGAGUGGAGCUUAACAAGAAUGGAGGUGUGCUGUGAUUUGUUUUUUUAAAGAAAUCCCUUCCCACCCUGAAAUUCCAGACAUGGAUGGAGGGAAGUACUGGGCUGUGGAGGAGGGAGGUGAAGGGAUUAAUUGAAAUUGUUGAAAAAGGGGGAGGACACAAAAUACUGUGCACGUUGAACACUGGUAGAGCAAUCAUUUGGCGAUAAAGCAUUUCAUAAUCCAAUACAGAUUUAUCUGCAGUCUCUUUGAGACAUCAGCCAUCUGCAUGCAUUGAGACAGACAAACAAGAAAGACUUACUUUUUCCAAGUUAAAAUAAAAUAAAAUUCCAGACUUUGAAUUCCCCAGAUUUUUCAUUUUAGCAUUAGGAUCACCAUGAAGGUAGCCAAGGAAACUGAACUGGCAAUCAAGAGGUAUGGUGGUUCAAGUGCUGGACUAAGACCUGGAAAGUUAGGGUUCAAAUCCCCACUCUGCCCUAAAACUCACUGGGUGACCUUGGGCCAGUCACUGCCUCUGAGCCUAACCUACCUCACUGGGCUGUUGCAGGAAUUCAACGAGGGCGGAAACGUCUGCCACCUUAAGUUCCAUGGAGGAAAAGGUGGGAUACAUAUGCAGUCAAUAACAGUGGGGUGGGUGUCAAGGCAAGAAGCUGCCUUGCAAAGAGACAGACCACUGGCCCAUUUACCUUCACUGACAGGCAGGGCUCCCCAAGAUCUGAGGCAGAGUUCCUUCUCAACUCUACCUGGAAAGAAGAUGCUCUACCUCUUCAGUAUCUUACGAUUUCUUAACUUACAAACGAUACCAUACGAUAUGACGUCUUUAUUGUCAUUGUCCCACACAGAACAAUGAAAUUGAAAAAUCUACAUAAGACAUUCAAAACCCCAUAAAAACUCUGAAACCCCAUUUUAAAAUACAAUAUACUCCUAUAGAGACUCCUUACACUGCGUUUAGAACCAAAAUCGCAUUUGGAUAGAAACUGUUUCUCAGGCAGCUAGUCCUGGUCUUAUUAACCCAGGACCUUCUUCCAGAAGGCAGAAGCUGAAAGAGAUCAUUUCCAGGGUGCGCACUGUCUUGCGCUAUCUCUGCAGCUUUCUUACGACACCUGGAAGCGUAGAUUUGAUCCAAGGUUGGAAGAGUGCACCCAAUUAUUCUUUCUGCAGUCUUUACAAUCCUGGACAGCAUUGUUUUUCCCCUGACCGUGCAGCUCCCAAACUACACACACAGACCGUAAGUUAAUACACUCUCAACAGUACAAUGGUAAAAUGCCAUUAACAGGUCGUUUGAGAGAUUGUUUAUCGGGAGGAUUCUCAGAAAAUAUAACCUCUGCUGUGCUCUCUUCACCAGGUCUUUGCUGUUUUCUCCUCAGGUUAGGUAAUCUCUCAACUCCAUUCCCAGAAAUCGAAACACUGAGACCUGUUCCACACACUUCCCCUCAAUAAUAAGUGGCUGAAUAUUCAAUUUACAUUUCCUAAAGUCCACAAUAAUCUCUAUUGCUCCCACUCAGACACAGCACAUUAUCUCAGCAGAAUGCCACUACUCACAUGCACACUUUCUUUUCUUCUUCUCUAGGAUGACACCUACACAGACAGUUACAUCAGUACCAUCGGCGUGGACUUCAAAAUCCGGACAAUAGAGUUGGAGGGAAGGACUAUUAAGCUGCAGAUUGUAAGUAUAUCCACAGGGCUGUGGAAACAGGAGGCUGGAAAUUGAGCCUCCUGGAUUCUCUCCCUCUGGUGCAGGUUGCAAUGGCUAAGAGCUCCUGUACCUUAAACAGCUGCACAGAAUCUAGAAUCACAGCAGGUGCAGCUUUUUCUUCUCCACCUUGACAAAUUGUUCCACUCAGCCACUUGUAAUUAAGGACCCUAUAAAAACACCUUGAAUGUUCUGUGAAAUGAUAACCUUCCAGUGGAAGUUUUGACAUUCUUUAACAGCAGCCUUAGGAGCUGCUUCAAAUUCUAGAUUUGCUGACAGGUCCAAGGGAUGAAUCCAGCUAGAACAGUGUGCUGAAAUAUACAGUAUGUGUAUUUAUGUAAAUGUUGUGGCAACUGAAUAUACAUGCAGACCUAUGAUAACUUCCCCUAGUUUCCCCUAGUAUAUAAUUACAUACAUAUACAUAUACAUACACACACACACACACACACACACACACAUAUAUUUAUUUGCAUGCAAUUCACCUCGUAUACAAUGCAGUGGGAAACGAAGCCACUGUCUUGAUUCAGACCUAUAUGAACAGAAUCAAAAUUUCUGUUAAGUUCCAUUUUGGUUUCACUCAUUUUCUCAUACAGUGGUGCCUCGCAAGACGAAAUUAAUUCGUUCCGCGAGUUUUUUCGUCUAGCGAAUUUUUCGUCUUGCGAAGCACGAAAUCCCAUAGGAAUGCAUUGAAAUCCAAUUAAUGCGUUCCUAUGGUCAAAAAAAGUCCAAACAAAGCCAAAUUUGGUACAACAAGAGUUUAUUAAGUGCUCUUUAAAGUCAUACUGUAAAGAGCAUUUCAAAAAUUGAAGGAACAAUAAAUUAAGUUUCUAAACGUGACAGAAAAACAUUUAAAAAUCAACAAAGUGUACAUUUUCUAAGACUCUGGGGGACAACUCGAAGAAGGUUCCUCUUCCACUCUUUGCUUCUUGCUGAAGAACCCCCUCCUCAACUGUUCCCCCAGCCACCCACCACACAGAAAUUCAAAUCCAGAUUUUUUUAAAAAAACAGCAGAGUGGCCCAAUGGUCACAGAAAAUCAUAAAAAUUCAGGAAAAAAACCACACAAGCUUCCAGAUUCUUGCAAACCCCUCCCCAACUGUUCCCCCAGCCACCCACCACACAGAAAUUCAAAUCCAGAAUUUUUUUAAAAAAACAGCAGAGUGGCCCAAUGGUCACAGAAAAUCAUAAAAAUUCAGAAAAAAACCACACAAGCUUCCAGAUUAUUGCAAACCCCUCCCCAACUGUUCCCCCAGCCACCCACCACACAGAAAUUCAAAUCCAGAAUUUUUUUUUAAAAAGCAGCAGAGUGGCCCAAUGGUCACAGAAAAUCAUAAAAAUGCAGAAAAAACACACAAGCUUCCAGAUUCUUGCAAACCCCUCCCCAACACCAAGUCCUUGAAUUCCAAACACCCCAACCCAAAAUCCAAAAACCCCAAAAAAGUUUUAAAAGUUUAAAAGAAGUUUUGGAAAAGCUUCAAAAAUCACCAAAGUCUUCAAAAACCUCAAAAAGGGCUACCACACCGCGUUCUAUGAGUUGCUCCUCGAAGUCAAGUCGUAACUGUAUUAACAGUGUUAAGAAAAAGGAAACAAACUUGCAAGACGUUUUCUUUUUUCGUCUUGCGAAGCAAGCCCAUAGGGAAAUUCAUCUUGCGAAGCAGCUCAAAAAACGGAAAACCCUUUCGUCUAGCGAGUUUUCCGUCUUGCGAGGCAUUCGUCUUGCGGGGCACCACUGUACUCUUAUUACAUUCUCUUGUUGAAAACCGAGUCACAUUUCUAACACUGCCCACUAGAAGGCAGCACUGACCAGAACAAACACAUCUCUUUGCCCCACAGUGGGAUACUGCAGGGCAGGAGCGCUUCCGAACAAUCACGUCCAGCUAUUAUCGAGGUGCGCAUGGCAUCAUCAUUGUAUACGAUGUGACAGACCAGGUAAGUUGGACAGAGAACAGCUUUUCAUUCAAGAAAAGCAGAGGGGAGACACUAGACCUUAGGUAGGAUGUUCCUUUGAGGGCAACUGUGACCAUCACAGCGCAGAAUCACAGAAUUGCAGAGUUGGAAGGGACCCAAAAGUCAGCUAGCUCAACCCCUUGCAAUGCAGGGUAUCUUAUCCCUUGCAGGGAUUGUCAGUAUGCCUUUCAACCAAUGUCAGCGACUGGUUCUGCCCCGACUGGGCUAGGUGACUGGAGCACUUUCAGAGACCUUCCAAUCCUGGAAAACAGGUCCCUGUGCAUUGGACUCACAACUGUGCAUUGUGAGCACCAGACUCAUGAAGAGUAUAAAUAACGCGGAAGCUAGCUGUGAAGCAUAACUCCUUUUAUUUCUAAUAGCUACUACAAACUAACGAAGUACUGGCUUGCAUGAGUGUUACAGCUCCCACUCAGCCAUCUAGUCACUACAUAGAUAACACACAGAGACAGGCAGUCAGUCAGGAGCGGAAGAGUAGAAGAGCAGUUUCCGCCCCCUCCUUUCUCAAAACAUCAGAUCAGGAGAUUCUAGCAAUGGGAGGGGGUGAAAAUAUCAACAGGGAUAUCCCUGCAAGGGAUAAGAUACUUGGCAGCAAGAAAAGCAGCUGCCCCAUCCAGAUACCUUGGGCCACCAGUAACGGAGGCAGACUCCCACAAAAAUUCACUACCACAAGAUGCAGCAAUGUCCACUCCACUAAAUUAGAUAGGUUUAAAAGCGGAUAUGAUAGAUUCCCCUUUAAAAGACAGAAGGAGAGCUUUAGGAAACAUUCCAUAAACCUCCAUGUUAUGGCUCCUCUGUUCAGAGGCGAAAUGAUACUAAGCAUCAUUUGCUUGAAAUCAUCAGAGGAGGACAGUUAUUGCCCAGUUUGUGGGCUUCCAAAGGGCAUCUGGUUGGCCACUGUAAGGGAACAGGAUGCUGGACUGAUGAACCAGCAGGGCUCUUCUUAUUGCCACCAGAAAGUUCUCUUGCCAAGCCCCAUGUAAUGAAUGAGGGUAGAAUUGCAAAUGCAUCCAUAUAAUUUAAUAGCACACAUUUUUAACUAACCUUCCUGCUCCAUCUAUCUCAGUGUUACUGAUGGGCAGCAUAAGAGAGGCAAGGAAUUAACUUUUGAAAAGCAUCCCUAUCUAAUCACCUGGAAGGGAUUCUUGCUCACCAUAGGUGACUAGGCAAGCAGUUAUUUAGAAGCUUGGUUGGUGAGAAGAAGCCAGGGACAGACAAAUGAACAAUAUGGUUAGGGAAGAAGAGGAGUUUCAGCAAACAUGAGGCCAGAGUAGCUCACUGCUGCUGCUACCCACAUACUUAAACGAACCGCUUCUCUGAACUUUGUUCCUGCCCCUUUCCAGGAUUCCUUCAACAACAUGCAUCUCUGGCUGGAGGAAAUCAACCGCUAUGCCAGUGAGAACGUCAACAAAUUGAUUGUGGGAAACAAGAGCGACCUCACGAGCAAGAAAGCAGUGGAUUACACUACAGCCAAGGUGCAUAAAUAGGGGAAAGGGAAGGGCACGCAUCAAACCAGCUUCUACCCUUAAAUUGCUGAGAAAGCAAUUUCACCUUCAGUGAAACUAGCUGCAUUCGCACUCUUUCAUUUUCAUUCAUUCUCUUUGUCGUCUCCCCGACUCCUGAAGGAGCUUUUAGAUUGUAAAUUUCUUGAUACAAGAAUUUAAGCAAUAAACAUAUUGCUUAUGUUAUUUCAUAAACUGCAGUGGUGCUAGAUCAAAAAGCCAGCUUCUACCUUAUGAAAAGCUGGGCAGCAGAGUCGCCUCCUGAUAGUUCUCUUUCAGAUCACCCCAUACUAUUCUAUUUCUACUAAUAAUUUUAUUAUUUGUACCCUGCCCCAUUUGACUGGGCUGCUAAUAGCUGUCAGGGCCGCAACAUUUGUUUAACAAGUUUAUUUAGAUAUUUUAAAAAUGUACAAACAAAGCUUUCUGUAAAAACAGAUUCCAGGGCACUACAGAGAGAAAUCUAAAAUUACAGAAAUGCAUUAUACAGAAUAACAUUUAAUUGCUAUAGAAAACAACAAAGAGUCUCUUGUGGCAUGUUAAGGGAUUCUUAGUUGCUUUUGCUGCAAAAGGCUUAGCACGGCUACCUGUCUGCAGAUCAUCGCUGAGUCUUCAUUGUUGUUUUGUCUCGUCCUCCCUGCACGCAGGAAUACGCAGACUCCCUUGGGGUGCCCUUCCUAGAGACCAGUGCGAAAAACGCCACCAAUGUCGAACAGGCCUUCCUCACCAUGGCGGCAGAGAUCAAGAACCGGGUGAGCAGCGGCCCCACCCAGAACGACAGCCAUAAGUCCAACCUCCACAUCCAGAGCGGCCCCCUGAGGCAAGAAGGGCCUGGCCAGGGAGAAGAUGGCGGAGGAGGCUGUUGCUAAGAGAGCAGCCACCCAACGAGCGAAGGAGUGGGAGGUUCGAGGAACGCACAAGGGGGAGGGAGCAGCGGUGAGCCUUGGGCCUGCAGAAUGGCCAACGAUGACGACGGGACCCCCUUUUUCUUCACAGCAUCCCAACGGACUUGGAAUGCACAACCAAACGUCUCCUGGCAAAACAGCCUUGGCCAGUCUGUGUUUGCUUCAUCCCGUUUCCCUGACUUUGGAGCUGUCCUAUCUUUUCCUGUUUAGCAACCACCUCCUGACCUGCUGUACCAACACACACACACACACACAGCCCAGUUUCUUUCUCUUAGCAAAUCUCCUCCCAGCCCAAUGGAACAUGGGACCUACCAAUUGUCUUGCUGCAUAGAAAGAGGGAGUCGAGGGUAGCAAGGGGGCGGAGAGACCCUUACACCAGAUUCAUUCACCUAGAAUUACCAUCAUUACCUGGUUCCGCUUCCACACACACCAAAAUGGGUUUCGGAGCAUGCAAUCAAGAUCCCUUGGCAGUGUCUAACAGCCACCACCUCCCCCUAAAGCCUUUCCUAUUUUUUAAAAAAUCAGUACUGUAUUGCUGAAGGCUGUUCAACUGACAGAAAGGGUAGAUUUCCACUCUUCUCUCGGCCACCCCUUCCCGCUACCGUCUCCCCAAAACUCCUGCCUGCUAGCUCUGGGAGCAUAACUGCAUUACAAACUUACAUUAGUCCAUGGAUCCUGGGGGUUGUAGUUUGGCAAGGGUCAAGAGAAGUUUCUCUUCCAUAGAGUUCCCCACCAAAGAACUACAGAUCCCAGAAUUAAGGGGAGAAACUGGAAUAACUCUUUAACCUAACGUAAGCGUGUGAUGCAGCCAUAAACACAGUACAUCCACGCCCAACGUUUCAUGGAUGAAAAUACGGACACCGUUGCGCAUGCGUAACAUGCCUGUUCCGCCACUACAGAUCACUGUCUUGGCUCUCCCCAAACCCAGCAAUACACAGACAUUGUUGAAGGUUUUCCUCCCCCAGUGCACCUUAAGGCUCAUUCAUUUAUGUCCAUGUAACUUAGAUAUCGGUGGGAAGGGCUGAAACUUGAGGAAAUCCUAGUCUGCGCACAUGUGCUAACUAGUUUAGAGAAGGGGAAAGGGCACUCCCCAAAGCCCAAGCAGGGAUGAUGUUUCACCUUGGGCAGCUACUAGGAAACAGGGACAGGCAACCCACCUGCCAGCGUAUGGUGUGUGAUUUGCAACCUCGUGGCGAUGCAACUGUAACCCCAUGCCUGCAACAGGUCAGAAGUCCAGGGUAACAGGAUUUAACAUUUCCACUUGCCUUUUGGAUGGUUUGCAGGCCUUAUGGUGCUCCUAACACCAACAGCAUCAAGAAAUGGUAGCAAUCAACUCUUGUUGGCAGAGCACAAUGUCUAACUCCUUUUUCUCAUCUGUUUUUUCAUUUUAUUUUUUCACAUUUUGCCCUCAAGGGUUGCAAUGCUAAUUUGCCCUUUCUUUAAAUAAGUAGGUUGGCAAGUUUUCUAUUCAUCCAACAUACACGUGUAGUAUGUAUGUUGGUACCCUACUGAUUUAUCUGUCACUCUGGAAAAUACUGAAAAACUGAAAGGUGUUAAGAGAGAGCAAGCCUCUAGCCCUCAUGGAUGUGAAAUAUACAGGGCUUCUCUGUGGAAAGCUCCAAAAGGCAGGGGCCCCAGGGCUUAGGGGAAGGGAGCUGUGGUCCUAUCUGAUUCUCUGUUUCCCUUCUCCACAUACCUAUUUACCAUGCAAUCCUGAUUUCAAUACCCCUGCACUAAUUUUGAGGCCAUAUUCCUCACCGCCACAGAUGAACAUCAACAGGAGGCAAGGACUUUCCCACUGUCAGUGGGAACUAUUAAAAUCAAACUGCCCAGCAUAUGAAACAUCUGGUGGGACUGAGAAGAGGACCCUGAAGAACAUCUGUCCCCAUGAGCUCACUUUGCUGCUGUCGCCAUAUUUGGGGGGAGCACAGCCAGGAGUCACAUGAUACCAUAGGCUCCUUCUUUUUAAGGGCAAAAGCAUUUCCCUAUAAAUGUUUGUGUGUGUGUUUUGCUUUUUUUUUUUUGCCUUUUUUUUUAACCGUGAACUGCUUAGAGAACAAAUAUGGUUGAAAAUAUUUUGAAGUAAACUUCGCUUCUCUCCUUGCCCUGGGUCUCUCACCCAAAACGAAAUUUCUCUUUUAACAGAUUGGAUUUGUCAGCCGGACUAAAUGCAGAACCAAGCAAAGGCUCGCAACGUUUAUAACUCUGGCAGUUUAUUCGAACGGCAGAAUUCAGCAUGAACUCCUCCAGAACUUGGUUGGCGGGCAGGGGUAUAAAACGAGGGCAAGGGUUUUGUGUGUUUCUGGACUGCGUCACAACAUCUUGUGAAAACUGAAAACGUUGCUGGAUGUAAUUUGUCUGAUUAAAAGCUUGACAGGGUGCAGAUUAAAACAGAAAACAGCUCACUGAUUAAGUGGAGUGAUCCAUCUGUACUCUCUUGGGACGCUGGGAAACAGAGGGCCUGAUUUCUGGCCGCAGCCUCUGAGCUUAGCCCCAGUGAAGGUCACAGGUCUGUCAGCAUAACAGAUGAAGGACAAAAGUGCAGGGUUUCGGAGUUGCUGUAUUUGAUGUUUUGAACUGUACACUGCCCUGGGAGUCUUGCGCUGAAAGGCAGCCUAGAAACAGAUCAAUGCUGGCAAGGUCCUUUGCCAAACCCACUCAGUGAUAGCAAUGCAGGGAGAGGGGAAUUCUCUACAGCCACACAGCCCCUUUUUCGGUGCUUCUUCUUCUUAAUUUAUGAAUUAUAAACUCACGAGCCUCAAGGUGAUUUGUAAACAUACCAUUUUGACAUUAAGCAGUAUAUAAAUAAAUGAACAAGCUGAAAGAGCUUUUUAAAAAACAAAACAGAAAGAAAAAAGGCUUCCAUUGUUUCCAGUAAGUACAAAGAGCAGGUGUGGGUGCCUGUCAAACCUCAAUGGGGAUGCUGUUAUGGCUGCCAUUGUGACUCAUGGCCAUUGAUAAAUAAAUGCGAGCAAGGGAAGAGAGAGGUCGGGGCAUCUAAAAGCUCACCAGGCAAUAGACAGAGAUGUUUCAGGUAUAUACCUUUUCUUAAAAACAAUUCCCAGUCUUUUAAAUACUCUUUAGUGUAUGAUGGGAUUUUAACUCAUGCCUGGAUUUCUUUUGAUGUUGCCUUUUAUCUGCUACGCUGUUUUAUAAUUUGCAUUUUAAACCUUGCUAUUGUUCACAGCUCCAGACAUUUUUUUAUUUUUAAAAAGAUAUUUGACAUUAAAUAAAUCCACUGGAAUUCCCCAUGCUUGAG